AUGACUAUCAUCAAGGUGUUCCAUAAGCAUUCCUAUAAUGCUCUUGGAGGUGUUGGCAUCAUAAUUGGACAAGUGACCCGAAAGCUGCUCCAUAUUGGCAUCCGGAACAAAUACUGCUACGCCUGUUCCUUGGCAGAGAGUCGACAAAAAGAUCCUGAGUGCUUUAAGAAUUGGGAUGAGUCGAGUCAAGCUAUGGAGGCAGAUGUCAUUGUGGAAGGCUUUAUGAAUGCUGAGAAAGAUCACGGUGUUCGGUACAUGCGCCUUGUUGCAGAUGGUGAUAGUUCUGUGUAUGCCAGAAUACAGGAAACAGUACCAAUUUGGGGUCCUCAUGUAACUAAGCUGGAAUGUGCAAAUCAUGCAUGCAAAUGCCUUAGAAGCAGUUUGGAAAAAAUGGUUGACAGACUACCAAAACUAAGGGGAAGAGGAAAGUUGACCUUGGCAACUAGAAUAAGAAUUGUGUCUGCUGUUCGAUGUGCUAUUCGCAUGAGGUCUUCUGAAGAAAACAGAUCCUUGGCUUGUAAGAAAUCAGUUCAUGACAUUAAGAACUGCAUUUAUCAUGUUUUUGGCGACCAUACCAGGUGUUCUGAAUUCUGCAAGAAGUCCUCAGGUGAAAUUCCAAGUAAAGAAAGCAAUCCUACCUCAACCUGUGAAGAUGAACAAUCUGAAUCUGUUAUAUCAGUUGUGAGAGACCAGCAAGACUUUUGGACUGAUGGUUCUUCUUUGAAAGAUCAGGAAGAUUCCAGAUUAGCGGUACCAGGAAGAGGAUUGUCUGCAGCUGACAAUGAAAUCAUAAACGAAGUUUGUCCACUAUUGAACCGCAUUGCAUCCAAAGCUGAAAGAUUACUUGGUAAUUUCACCACAAAUCUAGCUGAGGCCUGGAUGAAUAUUCGUGCCAAGUUUGAUGGUGGAAAAUUUUUCAAUAGAUGCUCGAGAGGGUCUUGGCAUUGCAGAUGCUAUGGUGGCGCUCUUCGUCAAAAUCAAGUGGUCACUUAUGGUUUGGACAAAGUAAGAUCUAUUUCUCCACACCAGCUCCAUAUUGAAAGAAUAGUUGUUGACAAGAACUUGUGGGUGACUAAGAUGUUACCAAAGCUGACAGCAUUCUACUACACUUGUCUACUGCCAGAAUUGUGUGCACCAAAAUAUGGGAAAAGUUCAGGCAUCAGAGAACCUGGUGUCUGGGAUACCAAACCAAAACAAGAGUCUUUUAAGCCUAAUUGUAGUGGCACCAAACCCCAAACUACCACCAGAUCUACCAACAGGGCUGCAAGGCAACGUUUUGUGGGUCGGGAAAUUUCCCACAAGUGGAUAGUUGAUGAGUCAUCAGACAACUGUAAAUGGUACCGUGGCAGUGUUUUAGAUGUUACCUCUGGUCUUGAUGGUAACCCUGAUGCUGUUUAUGACAUUUAUUACCAUUCAGAAGAUGAAACAUAUUCCAUCAACCAUCUAGUGCAGGAUUUCGGUCAAAUUUAUUGA